GAUGUUGACGCCUCACUAUUACGGCGGAAGUUUGAUGGCUUGCUGAGCGAGGAAACUCGCCUUCCACCGAGCUUCCUCCAUCCGAAGCUGUGGCAAUCUGCUCAGGAGGUUCGGCUGCUGGACAUCACCGGCGUUGCGGAGGCAGUGCAGAAGGCACCCAUUGUCGGGCUCUGGCGAUUGGCCGCAUCGCAGCAGAAACCCAGCAAGCAGAUUUUGGAGGAGCUUUCCACGCAAGGGGCCCUCCAUGUGCCAAAGACAGAGAUUGUCCAGCGUUUCUUGCAGCUGCCCAUGCCAAAGACCAAACUUCUCCGCUUGAUCCAGGAAUUCAUGGGCAUGUGCUUAGUUUCAAAGGCUGAGAAGGAAGGGCGCGCUCAUGCGGCUGGGCUGUACCGCGAGCUCCCGUCGAAUCAGAAAGCCUUCUUCAGCUCGAUCAACCUUACGGAGUUUGGGGUCCUGGUCGUGAGAGCAGUUUGCGAGAAUUGGAAGUACAUUGAAGCCUUGACUGCGGUGCCGAUUCCCGAAAUGCCGGAGCCGAAGCAGGAGCAGCCACAGGAGCCGCCUUUGGUCGAGGUCCACUGCGGUGGCUACCCCAUGCCACCACACCCUGCGAUACCGCCGCAAGAGUCCACCGCGUUCUCGGCUGGUAUUCUUCUCACAAGUCGUGCUCUUCGAGACUACCUCCUCAGUCUGAGGGUGGCGCGCUUAUGCAAAGUAAGAGCUCGAAAACUCUUCCAAGCACAAGUCUUUGGCCAAGCCCUUGAUGUCUACCGUCUGGGCCAGUGGCACUGCGCCCACAGCGACUCAACCCUGUUCUCCAACGCCUCUUUGUGCUGCGCACGAUUGACAAAGCCGCAUGCAGCUGUAGAGCAAGCUGCCAACGCUCUCCUACUAGACGACAAGAAUGCCAAGGCGGCACAUGCCCUUUUGAAAGCUGAAAUUUCCCUCGGACAUACGGAUUGCAACGACUGGCAGCUCGACGUGCUCGAGAAGCUCGGGCACUCUUAUAAGACUGUGGCCGAGUUGCUGCAAGAGCACCGGGCGCUGCCUGCAACGGAUCUCAGCACACUUAAGGCUGAGCUGGGCACGGACCUGCACCAGAUCGGUUUGGAGCUAGUGCCUGCAGUAGAACCAAGGGUCUUCUACCUGAUGGCAAAUUCCGAGGGGCUGGAAGAGGAGGACGAGACCGGCGAGCUGCGACGUUGGCUACUGACGGCCGCCGUGCUUGGGGGAGUGCUGGAUGCACUGCUGCCAGCAAUCGAGCUCCUGAAGCAGCCAGAGAGGCUACGAUCUUUGAAGGAGAUUGCAGCAUCAUCCCUGAUCAUCAAUAUGGAGGCUUCACUCGCCAUUGGCCAAGAGACCGAGGAUGACGACCUGGCAUUCUUGUACCUGGCCACCGCUGCGGCAAGCCAGAACGCGGUGGUUGCCAACGAUGCUGGUAUUGCUCUGGUAGAUCGUAUUCUUGCCAAGAACCAUGGGAAAUGGAAGACCGGCUCUGAAUACGGAACUUGGCUCAUGGAAUUUGGUGGCCAGGGCCGGAGAAUCGUACAGCUGAUGCACGAAGCCUUGCACAUUGAACGGGAGGGAGAUGUCGUGUCCUUCCGGCCAAAGGCUUAA